ACUCAACACCCGUCGCGUUCGGUUGACCCGCAUUUUGCUGUGUGUGAAGUGAAACAAGUGAGAAAAAAUCCAUAAAAGUUGUCCAUUUGGGUGUGCACAAUCAAAAAGAGUAUUACUUUGGAAAAUCAAAAAAUAAAAAUAUGUCUGACACAGUGGAAAAGCGUAAGCUCUCAGAGCUCCGGGUGGUAGACCUGAAGCAGGAGCUGGAGAAACGCGAUAAAGAUGGAAGUGGAGUGAAAAAUGUGCUCAUCGAUCGAUUGACUCAGGCUUUGAAAGAUGAAAAGCUGGAUCCGGAAACGUACGAGUUUGAAGUAACCGUAACGGGAAAAACUCCUGCUAAGAAGGGAAAGGCACCGACAAAGGCGGAAGAUGAGGCUGCUGAAGAAGGCGAUUUGAAUAUGGCCGAUAUGGUGGUGCAGGAUGAGUGCAAUGAAGACGAAACGGUUGCAGCAGAGACAAAGAAGGAAGUGCCGGCAGUGAAACCGGCUGUGGAGGAGAAGAAGGAAGAGAAGAAGGAAAAACCGAAAGAAGAACCAAAGAAGGAAGAGAAAGUGGAAACAUCCAACGGAAAAGCUGCUGCUGCGACUGCUGAAACAGAUAAGACCAGCAAGGAUGAAACCAAGGAAGCUGAUAAUGAGGAUUCGCUCAAUUUGACGAUUGGCGAAGAGGAUGAAAAGUUGCUUCAUGACGAUAGCAACGUCGAGAGUGAAAAGAAGGGUGCUGACACUGAAAAGAGUUCCACGGACAGCAAGAAGGUAGAUGCUUCUGACGAAGGCAACAAGGCUGAUAAGAGUGACUCUUCAAGUGAGAAAACGGCCGGUUCUAAGGACGAGAAAGAGAGCGCUGGAAAGCCGUCGUCAUCGUCGUCUGCCAAGUCCGGCACAUCCAGCGACUCCAAGUCAAAAUCGUCACCGAGCUCGAGUGAGAAAACGUCGACCGUAUCCCGGAAUCUGUGGGUUUCCGGUCUAUCAUCGCUAACUCGUGCGACGGAUCUGAAGCUAAUCUUCUCCAAGUACGGUAAAGUGAUUGGCGCUAAAGUGGUGACGAAUACUCGUACUCCGGGAACCCGUUGUUAUGGCUAUGUGACGAUGGCAUCGGCCAAGGACGCAACUGAAUGCAUCACCCAUCUGCACCGGACCGAGCUGCAUGGACGUAUGAUUUCGGUAGAACGAGCAAAGUCAGAUCUGGGGCCAGCAAAACCUUCCGGCGGAAGCAAUGGUAGCAGUAGCACCAGCAAGAUGGAACCACCCAAAACAACGACGGUGGAGGUAGUAGAUAGUGGCAAGGAAAAAGAGAAAGACAAAACCGAGAAGAAGGAAGAGAACGGCAGCGGAUCGCACGGCAGCAGGGAUCGUGGUAGGUCGAGUUACAGGAGUAGAUCUCAGCAUAGAGGCCGGUCUCAACACCGUGGUAAAUCGCCGGAAAAAGACGACAAACCGAAGGACGACAAGAAGAAAGAUGACAUCCAGAAGGAGGAUGGCAAGGAAGGAGCGACCCGCAAGGAUGAUGAUCGUCCACCAAGAACCCAAGAUGCAGACCGCCGGCGUGAUAACCGCAGCAGCGAACGCAAAGACAACCGCAAUCGGGACCGGGAUCGCGAGGUUCUAUCGUUACAGAAGAUUCGUGAAGAGCGCGAACGUCAACGACUGCGCGAGAAGGAUCGCCAGUUGCGCGAGGAAGAACGGCGCCGUCGAGAGAUUCGCCAGCGCCAGCGCGAAGAGGAGCAACUACUGCGACGUGAACGGGAGAAACUGGCCAUCGAACGUGCUCGCAUCGAGAAGGAAAAAGCCGAACUGUUGCGCAUCGAACGCGAACGCCAGAAGCUGGAACGGGAGAAGAUCGAACUCGAGCGGCUGGAGCUGAAGCGUCAGCAAAGGAAAAUUGAAGAGGCGAAACGGAACCUGAAGCGCCCAGCAGCCUCAACGGAUCACUACGAUGACGAUCGGAAACGCUCGACGGGAUCGGACCGACGAUUCGAGGCACCUCCACCACCAUCUAUUUCCACUUCGGUUCGCGGUUCCUAUUCGGCGGUUGAAAAGAAACGCCUGGAUGACUACCCGCCAUCGAAACGGGAAGACUACAAGUCCCGUGACGAUUUCAAAUCACGCUCGGGCCCGGUAGAUGACUACCGACGGGACAGUUUCAAGCGCAACGGCGGAGGUGGCGUAAUGGACGACUACAGCAAGCGGGAUUUGGAUCGCCCGUCGAUGCCUUCGAUGGAGAGUCGCUAUACGGAUUCCCGUUCCGGUGCUGGAACUGACUAUCGUGGAAGCGGUGGUCCACGGGAUGAUCGCGAUCGCAAUGGAUCGGCACCAAAGUCCCGUUACAUGGAUCCGAUGGAUCAACGCUACCCUGAUCGGUCCGGUAGCAGUGGUGGCGGUGGCGGUAGCAGCAGCGGACCAUGGAAUGCUGGACCACCGCAGAUGAGCAUGGCACCGGCUGGUAUGGGAAACGAUGGCUGGCGAAUGGAUAACGGACAGGAUCGGUACGAUCGUACCUACAACGAGAGGAAAGCCCCGCAAAUGAGCGCCAGCCCCUUCAUGGAUCCAUCGAGGCAGAGUCAAUUCAUGGGAGGUGGCAGCAGCGGUGGACGACCACAAGACCGAUAUGGAGCCCCUGUGUCCGGACGGUUCGAUAAUGGACGAUACUAAGUAGGAAAAGGUACACUGGUUUGUGGUGUACGUUGGAAUUCCUAACGCCCUGCUGUGUGGUUAAAACUAGAUUUACAUUAUUCACGUAUGAAUGACAACUUUAAACAUAGUUCAACAUUAGGCUAAUGUAUGGCAAGAACUAGUUCGCGCCCCACCUCGUUCCCUCUACAUCCCAACAUAUAGUUCACUUCUGUCGUAGAUGUGUGAUCAUUUGGUGUAAGAAUCAUCUCUGUAGUCAUUAUUGAGUGUAGGAACUAAGUAAUUUAAGGCAGGAUUCAAUAAACAAAUGAAACUUACUCUUAAAAUAA